CCGGACCACCGUCCUUGAUGCGGCUAUCUCUUUCAACUGCUGCCCUGUCACUCCUUAGAUGCCAUUGUAUCUUCUCUCACACUGUCCACCGCCAACCUUCCGCAUUCGGGCAGUUCUUCCUUGAUGCGCGGCUCUCGACCUCUCACGAGGAUCAUCAAUGGCUCCCAGCAGCCAGCUAGUCGUAUUCCUCAUCUGAGACUCCAUAUCGUUCGACACAACUCCUCCUCCAUUCAGCGUAAAGAAAGUUGGCGAUCCGCUUUCAGUCCUCCACAACGAUCGUCUCAAUUGCACCCGACAGACACUUCGUCAUGGCCUUCCGCUUCAAGAGCUCACCCUCACACACCGAGGUCCUAUGUCUCCACGCCAGCUACAACACAUUCAGAGCAAGAUGUGCGUCCAUCAAUGGAAGACCUCAUCGCUGAGAAUGACCCUGAACGUAUCUUCUUUGGCUUCAUUAACCCCGAUAUCGGGCUUCCUUUUAUCCGCAAUGCCAGCGACGAGGCUUUCGCCCAGGCAUUUUCUGCCCUGGACCCAGAACAUUUCAUUGUCCCAUUUCGCGAGAUACACCAUUAUCUCCGGAGGAGCUUGGAAACACAGCCAGUUUGGAGGGUCUGCAAGUCACUAGAGGAACGCAUCUCAACAUUUACUCUUGUCUUGAAUAAUCUUCUGCGAGAACGUCAGGAGGCGGGCUUUCCUGCGACAUUGGCGCUCUAUCGACACCAAUUACGCUGUGCCGCCGCUUGUGGUGAUGGCACCACUGCCAGACAUCUCUUCUACGACUUGAUGCCUAUCGAUGAGGUUAAACCUGACCUGGAAUGCUAUAAUCUUCUCAUGGAAGCUGUGACAUGGAAUAACGCAUACUCCCACCAAGAGAGAUAUCAUUUGAGAGUCACCCGUCAAUCUCUCAACUUUAGGUCCAGAGACAAUCGUGCGAAAAAUUAUGCUGGUUGGGGCGUGGCAUCCCCGCAUAAUCCCGAAAACCCACAGUCUGUUAGGUUCGAGGUGCUACGCAUAUUCAAUGAACUGGUGAGGGAUGGAUUUACGGCCAAUGAGGCCACUUUCUGCCACCUUAUGGUUGCUAUGGGUCGCGAAGGAGAUAUUCCUGGGGUCAAAAGCGUUCUCAAAUCCGCUUGGAACAUCGAUGUGGACAGUCUCGAAACAAUUGAUGAAGAAGAGCUAGAAAGCCCAACAUUUUACGAAAACGAUUCACCCCUCCGACCGUCACAACGCCUUCUCUUCACCAUUGCCCAUGUAUUCUGCACAAACAACGAAAUUACAAACACCACCAUGCUCCUCGACUACAUCUCGCGACACUACAACAUGGAAAUAUCUCGCCAUGUCUGGAAUCAUACACUGGAGUGGGCUUUCGUUCUAUUCACCAACGGUACCUCUUGGUUUCGAAAACAGGGACGGUCAGUAGGUCGGCCCACUGGUGCAGCCGUCGAAUCCCUCUUCGGGAUCGUUCUUUCGGAACCCUAUGAAUUUCAACUAGGUGUCAUUCCGUUGAUUUACCGAUUGAAAGUCCGGACAUAUAAGCGUGUGUUGACUCCAGCUCUUGAGGACGCUCGGGAAUGUCUUCAGCUGCUCGACAAAGAGCGAAUGAAGCUCUCCGUCGCCUUUGACAACAUGUCUAAACUAGCCAAAGGGUCCUGGUCCGGCCUUUUUGAGCACGGUCUACCGACUCGCGAGUUCUUGCAAGCACGAAGGGAACUCAUUCUGCAAGAAUUAUGGACAGAAUGUUACAUCCAACUUGUCAUUGUCUCCACACGAAGCAUGUUCAAGGAGUCGGAGUGGCCUGGAUCUGGCAAGGAAACAGAAUGGCCUCGUCGAGGCCUGCCCAAUCUCGUGCGGGAAUUCCCCGAAUUCUUACCCGACGUGGUCCCUUAUUACACCGAAACCGGACACGUACUCCUACAUGGCAAAGAAACCCGCCGCGAAGCGGUAUCUGCCUCGAAUGGAUAUCAAUUGACGCGCACAGCGAGAAUGCGCAACCUUCUCGACACCUUUAGCCCCGCGCGGCUUGAGCAAUCGGCCCGCAUAUUGCAUGAAGGUCGCAUGAUGAAAAUGAAGGCUAGGGAAGCAGAAAGGAUCAGGUCUGAACGUGUGGAUUGGAUUGCUGGCGAUGAGAUUGAUGCUCGUCAAGACCGUUUGCAAAGCGCACCUACACGUGUGAAGUAUUCCCCCUCGGCAGACAAUCCUCAAGGGCAGUGGCGGCCAUGGCAGGGACCGCCUCUUCCCAAUUAAGGUACUGUUCGGCUUCUCUCGAUCCAUUCCAAAUGUGGAGGGAGAUCGAAAGCCCCUUUUGGUUUGGCUGGAGACAGCAUGUACAACAUUGUGUUCAACAAACCGAUGUUUCGGGCUAGUGAACGAGUAUUUGUUUGGAAAGGUGUCCAUGAGGAGCGGCAUGAUCACAGCCCGUGGCCCAGUUCGUCAAUGAUUUUUUUCUCAUCAGCAAGCCUAGCCCAGUUAAGUGGCCAUAUAGCCAUUUCCAUCUACCUACCUGCUUACCGUCUUGACUGAACUACCGUGGUUCCGUUCAACCGCUCUCGAUACAUGUACCUAUAUAGUGCAAAUAUGCAUUUCCUCAGCAUGUUCUAUCCGUGAAGCACACUUACCGGUCUUGACCAAGUUUGCGAUCAUGGCAUUGGCAU